CCAAACCAAACACAUUGACCCAACCCAUUUACAAAUAGACCAAACACCCAUAACAUCCUUCCAAACACCAAUUACUGAACAAAUGGCCGCCAACGCUUCUAUUGCGCUAAUCACAUUGCUGGCUUUGGCAACGGCCGCGGCCGCUGCCGCUGCCGCACCGAGAUUAUCGUGUUCGGACGCGGUCUCGGCGCUAAUACCUUGCGGGUCUUUUUUGAUUGGGUCUGCCGGGAAUUUUCCAACUAAGGAAUGUUGCCAGAGCGCGCAGGAGCUUAAUAAAGCUGCCGCGAGGAAAGCGGAUAGACAAACGCUUUGCAAGUGUUUGGAGCAGUUGGGUCCGUCGUUUGGCGUGAAGCCUGCGUUUGCUCGGCGUUUGCCUGUUUAUUGCAAGCUUCAGCUUACGAUACCUAUUAGCACCAACGCUAAUUGCAGCCAGGUGUGAGAAAAGAGCACUGAAUGAGCAUUACAGUUGCAGAAGUUGUUCCUACUUGUGUUUGCUUAUUUGUUUUAAUAAAGCUCAAAGAGGAAGAGACUAAUGCUAUUAGCAAAUUAAUAAUCAUUAUUGUGGUGUUUGAUGUAGUUUGAAUAAUAUAUGAAAUAUAUAUUUGUAUUAAUGAAUUAUGAGUUCUUGUAAGGUAAACAACGAGUAAAUAUAUAGCCUAAUUGUCUCUCUGUGAGCUUCGUUCA